CCUAAUUAGUGUCAUUUGGUUCUAGGAGUUAGGCUGCAGAAGAUCUUCUGAAUAGGCUAUUUCAAGGGUUAGACCUCUGGGGAUUCCAAGUACGCACUCAGGCUCGUUAAGGUGAGAAAUAGCCCACUUUCAAAUAGGCCUAGAUGUGAGCAUAUACAACUUUAGUCUAAGACAUACUGUAUUUUCCAGUAAGAUUUGUCCAACGACCAUAAUAUUAGAACGCAUAGGCUAUUCAACACAGCAAAUUAUUCAAAUAAUGUAGUGAUGCUAACACAGGUUAAUAUAUAGGGCUAGGCGUCACAGUGUCUGGCUUUUGGAAAUUCUUUAUAUCAUUUUUAUAGAACUGAUUAGGCCCCUAUCCAUUUUUAUGUGUGACAUUUAGUUGAUUUGUGUAUCUGUUUGCGUUCUUUUUAAGACUUUGGAUGGGUUACACACAGCUGCGUGUCUGAAAUAGUGGACAGUGACUCCUACCAGACCUCGGGUCGACAACAGAUUGAGAACCAUCGGAUGCCCAAAUCCUCCGGUGUACCAUCGCCUUCAGGCCCAAUGAUUAUUCCGACCAGUGCCCCCAACAAAUCCCUCAAUGCAGUCCGGCUAAAGGACACCGAGCUGGAACCACGUCGAAUUGAGUCAAGAGAGAAUGCCUCACGGUUGCAAAGAGCCAUGUCUCACCUUCAGGAGUCAGGUUAGCAUAUUUUCGUUAUUGCAGGCCUACAUUUCGAUUUAUGGACUAUUUCAGUCAGCUGUCUGUGGACUUUGAACACAUUUUCUGUCUCAUUAGAAUAUUCAGACAACAACCAUAUUGCAUUAGGCCUACAACCGAUUUAAAUGUCAUGUUUAUAUUUUUUUCCCAGAAUGUAUAUCUGACAUGAAUGUAGCCUAACAUUUAAAUUCAGAUGACAUUAUGUAAAGAAUGUUUGACAGCCUAAACGUAUUGCAUCUAAUAUUACCAUCUGCAUGUCCCUCUCCCUCUUGCUCAUGCUCCCCUCUGUGUGUUUUGCAGGCUGGUACUGGGGCCCCAUGACAGCUGCUCAGGCUAAGCAGGUUCUGAUUGAUGCUCCAGAGGGGACUUUCCUUUUGCGGGACAGCUCCUACCAGGGCUACCUCCUCACCCUGUCUGUGAAGACCAGCCUUGGCCCCACACACCUCCGCAUAGAGCAUGCCACUGGCAUGUUUGGCUUCGACUCUGUAAUUGUGGCACGGCCACGACUGCGGCAGUUUGAGGGUGCUGUAGAUCUGGUGCAGCACUAUGCCCUGACUUACAAGCAUCUGGCAAGUCAAAAGGAUGGACUCAGGGCUCAAAAUGACACAGGGGGGGGUAACCCUUUGGCCCCUACAGAGAAAACUCUGCAGCUCAAGCUCACCCGGCCCCUCCAUAAAGUCUCCCCUAGUCUCCAGCACCUUUGCCGCAUCACUAUUAACCAACAUUCUCGCUGUCACCAAGACUUACCCUUGCCUAGGCGGCUACAGGACUUUUUGCUGGAAUACCCUUUUGUGCUGUAGGAAAUGUUAAUCAGAUUUUUUGAUACUCCUGAAUUAGACAAUUUCGAUCAAUGUCCUAAUAUAGUGCUGAAAAUGGGCUUUCCUUUUCCCCCCACCUCGUCAGCUGUAUACACGCUGGUUCCUAGAUUACAAUUUAGCAGAUUUCUCUACAGAUAUCAGAGGCAAAAUGUACCUACUUGGGGUAUAUUAUUAUUUCCUGAAAUAUCACCAUCUUAGGUUAGUUAAACUAAAUCAACAAUUGAGAGUACUGAAAUGGAAUGCUGAAAAAAAGAACAUGCAAAAGAAAAUGCCAAAGGGGAAUAGAUAAGAGGUUUGUUAUUGUUAUAUAAACAGUAUUGAAGAAAGAUUAUUGCAUUAGAAAUGGACCACAUUAAUUAAAAACACAAUACACUAUUUCAGCCAAUUCCCCUCAUACCAUGGCUGUUAUUGUGGAGGAUUUUUAAUGAAUAUCAAUCAUGAAGAUUUCCAGAUUUCCUUGCUGAAAAGGUGGCUGAUCUGAGUGUCCUAUCCAUUCCCAUUUUUUCUGAAUCCUGAAGUGUAACUUGGUUAUUAUCAAGGCUGUGUAGUUUCAGCUGAUCUCACUAACUUUUCGUUUUUUUGAAGACUGUCAUUGUGCUAAAUCAAUAUCAGGUCUAAAUUAGGUUUCCUUAUAGAUCUUUGAUAUGCUGAAAUAACCAUCUCUUGAACUGAGGAAUAACACAAUAACAAACAGCAAAAUGCUGCUUGUGAAGCUUCCUCAUAUUCUCCAACACUGCCUUAUUUAUAAAUGAGAGUGCGCUUUCUAUCAUGGUUUAUUUGCGACCAUUUUGCAGAGCCAUUUCGAUAUGACAUUGAUCUGUUUUCAUCUGUGACAGUAGCCAAAUUAACUCCAUUAAUAUUGUUGUUAUUUUUUAUGAUGAUCACUGGUCUAUGUCUCAAGGUCGGGGGAAUUGGCCAAUUGAAACAAUGUAAGAAUGUAAUGUGAGAGAGUGUUGCAUGUUUUCUAUUUUUUUGUGGUUAUACUUUGGUUAAGUUGUUUUACAGGGAGCAUUAAAAUCUUGUGUUGGUUAAAAAAAAAUCACUGUCUCUGUUUGUUUAUCAUUUUGGACUUGAGGGAAUAUGAUUAAAUAUAGAAUUGUUGUUUUUAAUCAUUAGACUGAAUACGUUCCAGAACAUUUUAGUUACUAUAAGCCUCGCAUGGGAGGCUACAAUAAACC